GAACCUCCCCCACACGCGCCAGUGCCGCAGAAAAGCUGCAUCCAGCCAGGGAAGAAGACACCAGCCAAAGACAUUCCAACUCGCUUUUCAGUGUUGUUUCCACAUCACUUUCGCUAAACUAAACCUUCAAGAUGACCACCAAGGAGAAGCUGAUCACCCAUGUCUUGGCUGGUGAGCCCAUUGGCUCCCGAAGCAAGGUGACAGUGGUUGGCGUCGGCAUGGUUGGCAUGGCCUCCGCAGUCAGCGUCCUGCUCAAGGACCUGUGCGAUGAGCUGUGCCUAAUUGACGUGAUGGAGGAUAAGCUGAAGGGUGAGGUCAUGGACCUGCAGCAUGGCAGCCUCUUCUGCAAGACCCACAAGAUUGUGGGCAAUAAGGACUACAGUACGACCGCCCACUCCAAGGUGGUGGUGAUCACCGCCGGUGCUCGUCAGCAGGAGGGCGAGAGCCGUCUGAACCUGGUGCAGCGUAACGUCGACAUCUUCAAGUUCAUCAUCCCCCAGAUCGUCAAGUACAGCCCCAACGCCAUCCUGCUGGUCGUCUCCAACCCCGUUGACAUCCUGACCUACGUGGCCUGGAAGCUGAGUGGUUUCCCCCGUCACCGCGUCAUCGGCUCCGGCACCAACCUGGACUCCGGUCGUUUCCGCCACCUGAUGGGCGAGAAGCUACACCUUCACCCCUCCAGCUGUCACGGCUGGAUCAUUGGAGAGCACGGAGACUCCAGCGUGCCCGUAUGGAGCGGCGUGAACGUUGCCGGUGUUUCCCUGAAGGGCCUGAACCCACACAUGGGCACAGACGCAGACAAGGAGGACUGGAAGCAUGUCCACAAGAUGGUGGUCGAUGGUGCCUAUGAGGUCAUCAAGCUGAAGGGUUACACCUCCUGGGCUAUCGGCAUGUCUGUCGCUGACCUGAUUGAGAGCAUCCUGAAGAACCUCCACAAAGUUCACCCCGUGUCCACCCUGGUCCAGGGGAUGCACGGUGUGAAAGAUGAGGUGUUCCUCAGCGUGCCGUGCGUGCUGGGCAACAGUGGUCUGACUGACGUCAUCAACAUGUCCCUGAAGCCCGAGGAAGAGAAGCAGCUGAUCAACAGCGCCGAGACCCUGUGGGGCGUGCAGAAAGAUCUCAAAUUGUAAAGCGCAGUGUUAAUUUCGUCAGCAAUAAUACUAUGACAAAAUACUCAAUUACCUAUUUUUCCUGACUAAAACUUUGAUAACGAGAUACACUGGAAAAAAACGAUGACUAAUACAAAUUACUUUUCAUUUUAGUCUACGAAAAUGUGACAAGACUACCACAUGAGGCUAAUGGACAUUUAAUGUCGACUGAUAACUAAAACUAACGCAGGACAAAAUGUCUAAAAAGUAUUUUAAGACUAAGACGAAAUCUAAAAUAGCUGCCAAAAUGAACACUUGUAAAGAGACCCCUGUGCCAUCUGGAUGUACGUACGAUCCAAUUUACUCCACCAACCAAAUAAAACUACCAGGAUGAUGAAACAAG